CCUCUGAGCAGACAUCCCAUGAGUCAUAAAGUUUGAUGUCCUGCCCAAAGUUUAGUCCCGACUGGAGCAAAACUUUUUUUUUUUUUCUAGAAAGUGCGCUACGGAGAUUUGUUCUGCGGACUCUGAAGCUUUCUUGUCAGAAUAUUCGCUUAGAGCUUCAGCUUGGCCGCAGAGCAGAGAAGGUGGGACUCUCCAGCGAAGCGUUUGUUGUGUUUUUUUUUUUUCGUCUUUUGUGGCUGCGAGUUUUUUUUUUUUUUUUUUUUUUUGGAAAAGUUGGGGCCGGGGACAACAACAUAGAUUCCAGUGUGGAGUAGAUAUGCGCUUUGUUACAUUCACAAGUAUGCCAGCAAGAACCAGCAGGAAAACGCUGUGUUUCACUGCAGACUUCGACAGCUAACACACUUUGGAAUAAAGUGAAGUCUCUUUAGAAUGACUCGGGAGAAGUUUUUCUGAGUGCCACAGAUAUUUCCUGCUUUCCUGCUGUGUGGAGAGAGAAAAAAAAAGUUUGGGAUUGUCUCAAACUUCUUUUUUUUUUUUUUUGUGAGUUUCUCUCCUUUAACGCGAAACUUUCGGACUCAAAAAGUUCGCACUGACUUGUUUUGGGACAAUGGAUCCGAGCCAGCAUAACCCUCCUGCCGGACACCAAAUCGUCCAUGUACGGGGCGACUCCGAGACCGACCUGGAGGCGCUUUUCAACGCCGUGAUGAACCCGAAGAACACUAUCGUCCCCCCAUCCGUACCCAUGAGGAUGAGGAAGCUGCCAGACUCCUUCUUCAAACCUCCUGAACCAAAGUCCCAUUCCAGACAAGCCAGCACUGAUGCUGGGAGUGGCGGAGCACUCACACCCCACCACGUCCGUGCGCACUCGUCCCCAGCCUCCCUGCAGUUGGGAGCUGUUUCUGGUGGCUCUCUGUCUGGCAUGCCCCCAGCAGGUGCCUCCCCUCAACAUCUCCGUCAAUCUUCUUAUGAGAUUCCAGAUGACAUGCCCCUGCCCCCGGGCUGGGAGAUGGCCAAGACUGCCUCAGGGCAGCGAUACUUCCUCAACCACAUCGAUCAGACCACCACUUGGCAGGAUCCUCGCAAGGCCCUGCUCCAGAUGAACCAGGCCGCCCCGGCCAGUUCUGUGCCAGUCCAGCAACAGAACCUGAUGAACCCAGCUAGUGGUCCUCUCCCUGAUGGCUGGGAACAAGCUAUUACAUCAGAGGGUGAAAUUUACUACAUCAACCACAAGAACAAGACCACAUCCUGGCUUGACCCACGACUUGACCCACGCUUUGCUCUGAACCAGCAGAGGAUUACCCAGAGUGCUCCAGUUAAACAGGGAGGUCCGCUGCCUCCCAGCAUCCACAGCGCAGUUGUGGGAGGCAACAAUCAGAUGAGACUGCAGCAGAUCGAGAAGGAAAGGCUGAGACUGAAGCAACAGGAGCUGCUUCGACAGAGACCACAGGAGCUUGCUCUGAGGAAUCAGCUGCCUACAAGCAUGGAUCAAGAUGGCAGCACGAACCCUGUGUCCUCCCCUAUGGCCCAAGAUGCCCGGACCAUGACUGCCAACAGCUCCGACCCAUUCCUCAACAGCGGGACCUAUCACUCCAGGGAUGAGAGCACAGACAGCGGCUUGAGUAUGAGCAGCUACAGCGUCCCUCGCACGCCAGACGACUUCCUCAACAGCGUGGAUGAGAUGGACACAGGGGACCCUCUUCAACCCUCCAUGGCAACACAGCCCAGCCGUUUCCCCGACUACCUGGACGCUAUCCCGGGGACGGACGUGGACCUGGGCACCCUCGAGAGCGAGAGCAUGGCGGUGGAGGGCGAGGAGCUGAUGCCCAGUCUGCAGGAGGCCCUGAGCUCCGACAUCCUCAACGACAUGGAGUCUGUGCUGGCAGCUACCAGGAUCGACAAGGAGAGCUUCCUCACAUGGUUAUAGAAGAUAUCCGAGCAGGGCGCUCCUUCCUUCUCUGCCUACACUCUGAACUGCUGCCUGCUCUGAUCUGUGAAGGAUUCAUAGAUGCUUCUUACAAGACAUUUCAGCGAGCGUCUCUGGACUUCUGUCUCUGUCUCCGGCGUGUAAGGCCAACCUCCUUUUUUGAGGCAGUAUUGUUCUGUUCUUUUCACUGGUGUGUUAUCUCCUUUUUAUUUUGUCUGUGUCUUCAAGGCUGGCCCAUGAACAGACAAUUACGCAAGGGUCCCCAAAUCUUUCACAGGUCUGUCAGUGAAUCUAGGGCAUCUUUACCUAGAGCAGGGGUCGCUCCUUCCCCUGGUCUCCCCCCACGGUCGGGCGGGGCGGGUGCAUGUACUCUCUUUGCAAGGACUGCCAUCAUCAGUUAUCGCCUGGAGUUCUCUGGUGCCUCUUUUUUUUUUUUUUUUUCUUGCAAUAUAUUGUGAAGCAGCACUACUUAACUGUAUCUGGGACGAUUGCAUCUAGCUUAAGUAGCUUUAUAUUUGGCCUUGUAUGUUUUUUAUUCUUUCUUUUGUUGUUUGUUUUUUUUCAACGAGCCUGAGAAACCAAAAAUGAUGUAUUUGAAGCAUAAAGAACAAUACUGAUUUGGAGUAAAGGUAAUGUGAGGCCCAGUUUGGACAUGUUGGCUUUGCUUAGGGGGGUUGGGGGUUGGAGCCUGGGGACCGACUACAUUGCUGCUUGGCUGUGCCAGCAAGUCUAAGUUAAACCUUUGAUAGAUCAAGUGCCUUCAGUUGUAUUUUUUUCAGACGCGAGCAAAACGAACAAUUACUAAGUUUCUGCGAUGCAGCAAUAAGGCUGCAUCAUAUACAUCUACCACACUUUCCUCUAUCCACUGUUCAAUAAUCAAAAGUGUAUUUGUUUUAUAAACACAUUAUAAAGGGGAUUUAGGGAUUUCUGGUUGGGUUUUUUUUUUAAAACCCGAGCUUCUUUGUAUCUCAGUCUUAUCCGAGCAUAAUUCAUAAAUUCAUUCUUUGUUUUAUCUUUUUACUAUUCUUUUAUUUUUUAGGUUACUACAUAUGUAUGAUAGCUUAGAUCAAAAAAAGGCAUUUUUUUUUGCUUGUUUUUAAACUUCUUUCAUAGAUGAAUUAAUCCAUUUUUAACAGGGUCGACCGUUAUCGCAGCACGUCACUUCAAAACGAUGAAGUCCGCCGAGACACAGAUUGAUUCAGUCUUGGCUUUUUUUUUUUUUUUAAACCAUUUAGCUGAUUCUCUUCUUGUCUCUGAUUUACUAUAUACAUAUUAGUGUUAUUGUUUAUUUGUUGAUCACAUGCAGCUUUUUACUAUCUUUCCUGAACAUUAACCAAAAAAAAAGAAAAAGGCAGAUCUCUUGGCUAAACAGAAACUAUAGCUCUUUUGAUCAAUUUUUAAAAAAAAACCUUGUGACGACGUACAAGAGUUACAAAGUUUGAAAGUGUCUUCCUUGAGGAGGGAGCCGAAACCCCUCGGCUCGAUGCUGUGCCGUGUGUUUUUGAAAGAAAGAAGGGGUUUGGAGACUACAGCCGGGACAAGUUGAAGCAGGUUUAAGAGUCACGUCGAGGGGUAAGCGUAGAAGGCCAGGGUUUGACUGACUGACGUCGGUGAGUUAACACGGAUUGUUUGAAAUAUGUUUUUUUGUUUUUAUUUUGUGAAAUAAUCAAGAAACAAUCAGUUAUUAUCUCAGUCAGGAAUUGUUGUGGCGGAUUCCAAAGAUGUUUUUUUUUUUUGUUUUUUUUGUAAUGGCGCCAACACACUUUUUUUUUUUUUUUUUGCUUCCAUUUUCACAGAGUCCAGAAACGGUAUGAUUUGUUUUAAAUCAGCCUCUGUAAUGAACACACUGUAUAAGCUAAUGAGAAAAUGAUGUAGGUUUUUUUUUUUUUUUUUUAAGUGUUAACGGACACUCUGAAUAGGUCUAGCUGAGAGAUUCUUUCGUUUUUUUUUUAGACGAGAUGGUUGUUUUUGAGUGACUAACCCUGAGAUUGAAGAUGAGGCUUCAGAACAGAGAAAGUUUUUUUUUUUUCUAGAUACGCUCACAUGUUUACAUUCUCUCUGAGUAAGAAACUGCUACAGCCACAGUGGAAACACAGACAAUUCUUUCAUAAUUAAGUUUUUUUUUUUAUGUUUACAGCAUGACUACAUCUUUGCAUUACUGCAGUACCCUUUGAAUAAUCAGCCUGCCCUCCUCGGUCGAGGACUUGCAGGAUGUCACACUGAUUCUGUUGCCAAGCAAUACUUAAUUGGUAGCAUUAACUUCAUGGAACAAUUUUUUUUUUUUUUUUUUAGAUCAGAGAACAUGAACAAUCUUUUAUUCUGUGUGAGAAACCUCUUUUAGUUUUGAUUUUAUUGAUCAUUAAAUCAUGUGUUGAUGAUGGAUUUAAGAUGGAUAAACAGUGUUGGUGAGAACAAUGCAACUAAAUGAGUGGUACACGACAGUGCUUGUAUUGCACGGCAACAGAGUUUUCAUUUUGAUGCAAUGACACAUUUUUUUUGUCACACAAACCUGAUUUUAUGCUUACUUAGUGUGUAACUGUCGGAGCAUAUUUUAGCUGUUGACUGUCAUUGUAGCAGUAGAACUAAUCACACAAGUUAAAGGAUUUUGUAUUUAGAGUUUUUCUAAAUGCACAUGAAAUGAAUUUAUAUUCAGUAAUGAUCUGUUCUUUUUUUUUUUUUUUUGAUAGAUAUGUGCAUGUGUUUUAGAACAAUAAAUUCUGUUACAUUAUAUCUUGCUUCAUAUGAUACUUUGAAAUUGGCCUGAAAUAAAGUAUAUACUUUGUGGUAA